GUGGAACACGCACGAGGAACAGACAGUGCUACGCUUUGGCGACCGGAAUCCUCCAGAGUCCCGGAUUCUCCCCAACACCACCCGGACCGAUCACCUCGCGAGAGACCGACGAUCUUCGAAACGUAACCGUCCAUCAUGGGGCUCGACUUCUUGGCAGACGGAGGUGCCGAUUUCGAGCAUGCAAUCACCGUAACAGGAUUUGGAAAAUUUCAUUACAUGCUGCUGGCAGUAUGUGGCCUUAUUUACAUGGACACUGCUAUAGGAGUGACGAUACUAUCAUUCGUCUUGCCAGCAGCACAAUGCGACUUGGAAAUGGAUUCUACGUCGAAAGGGUGGUUAACAGCAUCCCCAAUGCUAGGUAUGGUGGUGGGUUCUUAUAUAUGGGGGUGCCUGGCUGAUACGAAGGGGAGAAAAGUCGUGUUAAUAAUCACAUUAUUAAUGGACGGUAUCGUUGGGGUUAUUUCCUCUUUCGUCCAAUAUUUCUGGAUCUUCUUGGUCUUCCGAUUUUUCAACGGGUUCGCCGUUACGGGAGCUAUGGGAAUUUGUUUUCCGUAUUUAGGGGAGUUCCAGCCGACAAAGUAUCGCGAAAGAUGUCUUUGUUGGAUGGAAAUGUUCUGGACAGUCGGAGUCAUAGUAUUACCACUGAUCGCUUGGUUGAUCAUACCAAUGGAUUUCAUUUACCUCUCGGACGUGUUUUACUUUAAGUCGUGGAAUCUCUUCGUGGCGCUGUGCGCUUUGCCCUCGAUUAUGUUGGGUCUCUGGCUGUUCGCGUUUCCGGAAAGCCCGAAAUUCCUUCUGGAAUGUGGCGAAACCGAAGCUGCCCUCGAAGUAUUCAAAUGGAUCUACUCCCAGAACACCGGUGAAAGUCCGGACUCGUAUCCGGUGAAAACUUUGCAAGAGAAAAGUAAGGACAAAAGCACAAGAUCCUUGAAAUUGCAUAAACGAAAGGAUUUGAAGGUUCUACUUAAAGAAGUGAGGGACCUAACAACUGCUCUCUGCAAAUCACCGUAUCUUCGUAACACACUGUUAGCGUGUGGCAUUCAGUUUGGUCUUACAAGUAGUUAUUACACUCUGAUGGUCUGGUUCCCAGAACUAUUCACCAGAUUCGAAGAAUUCGAGCACGAGAAUCCUGGUCAAUCCACCUCGGUCUGCAUAGUGUCAGCGGUUCCGGAUAACGCGACCCUUGUCGAUUCUUUCGGAUGCGACACAGUGAUCACGCCUUCCGUUUAUCUACACACUGUGUACAUCGGAUUAGCUUGCAUUCCUGGAUCCAUCAUUCUGCCGAUUUUCGUGCACAAGCUUGGUGCCAAGUUCUUCCUAAUUGUGUCGCUGUUGGUUUCCGGGGGGGUAACGGUUGCCUUUUAUUACGUGGUCAACGCAACUCAGAACCUGAUAUUAUCCUGUGUUUUCGAGGCUCUCACAUCUCUUGGUAUCUCGCUGGUUUAUUGCGUAAUCGUCGACAUGUUCCCGACGAAUCUCAGAGUGAUGGCUGCAGCUCUAUCUCUUACUAUGGGUCGAUUAGGUGCACUAGUUGGUAAUCUAGUGUUCGGUUAUCUAAUUGACUUGGCCUGUGUGGUUCCUAUCAUUUUAUUCGCGGCAUUUUUAUUCAUAUGUGGAUUUAUGUCGUUCCUGUUACCAAAAACAGGAAAGGAUACCCUCGAUUAAACAAGAAACAACUCGUUUUCUGGAAGGAAACGAUGAAAAAUAAUGAUUUUUCACUAUUUACAACAUUUGAUGUUAUAGAAAAUGAACAGAAGAAUAAUUAAUUAGUUUCUCUUUCGAAAAAAUAUCGAACUUUAGCUGACAAGUGCUUUAUUUUAUUAUGUUAAUCGAAAGAAACUUUUUAUCACUUACAAUUAAAUUAACGCGCGUUCGUAUAGAGUUUAAGAUCGAUCAUCGUUUUUAUUUCGAACUACGUGUAAAUUCGUGUAAAUAUGUAAUAUUUAUUCUGCGAAAGUAACUUAUCGUUAGACACGAUAUCAUUUUCAUUUUACAGCGAUCGAAUACUAUUAUUACAAAAAAUUAAGUAGGUUAACUGCGUUUAAAUGCGCGCCAAAAAGCAUCUAUAGUAUUUGAUAAAAUGAUGCUCCAACUAUACGUACAAUAUAUCAAGAAAUAUACUGUUUAUCAGUUUAAUUUCUAUA